AUGCUUCUCAAUGAAGACAUCCCCGUUCAACACCAAGAUACCAGCACAGCACGUGACAUUGUCAUCGCCCAGUCUACAUAUGUUGCAGUUUCCCGAAUAUACAAACCGCAUUCUGCUCCAAACAGCCCACUGUAUAUUACAAAACUGUUAGAGGAUGUGGUUGAUGACUAUGACAGUGCUCGUUACGUAACAACUCUCUGCUACACCCAAGAUGUUGUCGAUUCUCUCCUAUUCACUACUUCGGGAGAAGAGCAUUUCAUCUCAAAAGAGGGCAUAAAGGGGGUUGUAAGCAGCAUUACAGUCGUUGACAAUGAAACUGUUGAAAUAGAUGAAGGGGAGUAUUAUCUGCUCCUGGCCUUGGUGAACGGAUCCACUGACACCACCUCUCCCAAUGAAGCUGAUGAAGAACCUUUUGCAGAGAGCGUUGAUGGACAAGGUGACAAGGAUUCGAUCACCAUGGACGCUGGCCAACCGCAAAGGGAGCGGAAGAGGACAGUGAACCAGGAGUUUCUCUUUUAUUAA